UUUGGUUGCUUGUCAAGAUGUUUAGAGAAGCCAACAUUCCAGAUGGAGGACGUUAAAACGAUAUUACGCUCCUGUAUUUAUUCAUAUUAUAUAUACAUUAUAUAUCGGUUUGGAAAUACUCAUUUGAUCCUAUAUCCAUAGGUACUAUGUAGAUUAGAAAUGAAUAACCUUUUUUAAAUAAGGCGAACUAGUCCUGACAAGAGUGACAAUCAAUCAGAAAGUCAAUGUAACUUUCCCGCCAACUGCUGUUGAUAAUUUUCACGCAUCAAUGAAGAUAUUUUUGUCCAAUCGAUAGAGAGAUUUCCCUUGUAUCCCGGACGUGUGAAAUGGCGGAUUCGCUUAAAAGUGGCAAACAAUUUCAAAACAAUGCCUAACUUAUCGUAAUGUAUUGUUAUGAAGAAACAAAUCGGACAUUUCCUGUAAAAGAUGUCUGGAAUGGAUUUGCGGGAAUCCUUAGAUUUUAAGGAAGACUCAACAAUUGCUCAAUAUGGACUGAGGGAAAGCAUAGAAAAUGCAUCUUUUUUUAAAAGCAGAGAACCACUUGCUGCUUCAACAGUUUCAAGGCCACAUAGACCAAACAAUUUAAACAGACAAGACCAAGGAAGAUUGCAAGAGAAUGGAUCAUUUUUGGAAGAUUUCAGUACUCCAAGGAGAGGCCAAGAUGUUGAAUAUGAUAGAUUUGGUGUGGAGUCAUCUAUGGGAAUAAGUAGGGGUCCAAGUCGAGACUCCUCAUUGGGCCUUAUCCCGGUGGAAGCAAUGAGUGAUUUGUCUGCCAGUGUUCUGCAGGUUUCGGAGGAAAAGUUCUUCAAUUCAGAAGCUGCCACUGUGAAAAAAAGGCCAUCAUCUCCAAAAACUAGAGAUCAACUUGGAGACUUCAAACAGGCUUUGUUUCCCACCGUAUCAGCUGGACAGAUGCCAGGAAUCCUGUCAGAGGAGGAAGGGGAUGUCACAAUCCCGGACAUCCAGUUCCAGGAAGGCGAGCUGGAGCAGCUGGAUGAGGAGUUUGACCUGGAGAUGACAGCCAAUGAAAGCGCUUUGGAAUAUGCAGGGAAACCUAAUCCGGAUGACUCGGAAAUAAAGGUUCACACCAUGAGUGAUUACACAACAGGUGAUGACAUUUGGAACUCUGUGUAUUUAAAGUCUGGAUCCACGUUUUCUCAGUUUGUCACAGCAGAAGAGGCAGACUCAUCCAAUGCACAGGAGACUUCUAACGUACAGGACACCACAAGGAAUUCAGAGAGGAGAUAUCCCAGUCUGAGCAAAGUCACAUUAUUUGAUGACUUGGGAAGCUGUGAGGAUGUCAGUCAGCCUUUAUCAGCGAGAACACGAGCCCAGUAUCCCAAUCUAGCAGCAGUAGGAAUGGAUAGUGAGUUGUUUGAUCAGUCUGUGGAAGUACAUAAAAGCAUUUCAAAGCGAGGCUCUGGUGCAGGUCAAAGUGCAGACCUUGAAGUCAACACUUCAAAAAGAGAAGUUGAAGCAAUAAAUGGAAGCAAUGAUGACAUGUCUAUGAGGUAUUCUGCUGAGGGUGACGUUAACUCGCUAGACAGGAUAGCUGCCAAAAGGUCACCACAGAAUGACAGUGAUUCAGAUGAGGAAGAUACUACUCCCGUGCAGUCACAAAGUUCCCCAGCUAAGGAAUUCCUUAACAUCUUCAAGGAAAGUUUUAAAUCUCCAACCCUGAAAAGUGGAAACUUAGGAGUAGAACCUGAGGAACAAAGGGUAAAACCAAUGGGGGAUGAUCUAUUGACAGAAAAGGGCCCGAACAGAUAUCAAGAUCCACAGGGAGGAAGUUGUGAAAAUGAUAUGCCCUCGCAGUUGAACUCCAUCUACUUUAAGCCGUCCUACUCGGAUGCCUCCUUGAUCCCCUCGGGACAGAGGUUGGACACCACCGAUGACAUAUUUGGAGAAACAGUUAACCCAGAGACCUUGGAAGCAUUUGUAUCCCCCGGCGACAGACUGGAGGCUUCAGGCUGCAAUAUCAAUGAUGUGCAGACAAUAGAUAACCCAUUUGGAGAUCUUGAGUCGUCGUUUGGAUCUUUUGGUCUCAGUAAGGAAUCUCCUGCAUCAGAGCAGCAGGGCAAUACUAACCAGUGGAUGCAGCUCAAUACGAGUCCACUGAGCACAAGAACUUGGAAUAGCUCUCAGUCUCAGGCAAGCCAGAGACUCAGUUCUCAGUCAGGAGUAAGUCUGCGCAUUAGUCAGGAGUCCAUUCCAUGUCUACACCAGGAAACACAACUACUUAGAGACAUGGAGGGGAGUGAAUACUCCAAACAGCCCAGGAGAUCGCCAGAGCCUGAUGAUUGUGUGUUUACUGAGCCGCGACUGAGUCAGUACUAUGGAGGAGACAUGAACACUGUCAGGAGAAGCUUCCCAGAAGUCUUUUUAUCACAACCCAUUAAAGCUCUGCAUUCACCUAGACUUUCCAAAAGUCAAGAUCCACCUUUGGUAUAUAAGGAUGCUGAUGGGGAGGUGGUGACAGACUUAGCAUUCCAGACUGAUUUCACAGAUAUGGUACCCAACCAACAUGCCAGACUGCAGGAACAGUUUGCCAAGGGGAGUCUGGAUUUUGAUGUUACCAUGGCUGAUAGUGAAUUCAAGUCUGCAGACGUAGCUAAAGCAAUGCUGGAUGAAGAUGAAGAACAGUUUGAGAAAGAGAAUGUUUUCAGAGAGGAUGCCAAGAUAGUGACCCCAGUGGGUUCUCCGGAUUCCUGGGGGUAUUCCAGCAAAAUGUCCAUAUCUUGUCCAUCAUUCCUGAAAUCUGAAAGCAAUGGAGAUGACCUUAGGAUUUCAAUUGGAACUUUCAUGAAAAGUCGAUCAGGUGCCUUGGGGUCCUUAGGAGGAGAUGGUUCACAGGAAAGACCUGAAUUUGGUAUGAAAAUCAAAACUCCACCACAAAACAGAAAACCUAUGGCUUUGAUUGAAACUGAAAGAGAAUAUGAAAGUGAAAGUAGUCCUCAUGCCUCCAAGUGUAGAACAGCGGGAGUUGGAAACGAGGAUGAGGACAGAACCCUCUUGGAUGAUGCAGUGACCCUGGCUGACCUAGAGGAGUCACCUGCUUACAGAGAAAGCAGGGACUCCCAUCCCCACCCCCCUGGGAGCAAGAGGGACUCCCAGCCCCAACCCCCUGGGAGCAAGCCUCCAGUCGUCCAUUUAUCAGCUGAGCUCUCCAAGUUACAAGAGUCUCUAAGGGAUUCUGAUGAUUCUCUAAGUGUUACUUUACUUCACUCCUUGCUCCAGUCCGUGCCAAAAGACACAAAGCCAGAAGAACUGUCCAAAAUGGUCAUGGCUCUGUCACAAAAAUCUUCCAGAUCCAUUCGUCAUCCAGUCAAUAAAGCAACCAAACUUCCCAUCAGAAGAGGAUCAGAUGUUAUCCAUAAGGUCAAAGGGUCAUCUCCAAGGAAAACUUCCCAAGAUUCUCCUGAACAAGACAAGAGUCAACAUUCAACCUCUCUAAGUUCAAAAGGGUCAGAUGAUCAAAGAGAUGACCCUGAGUUGAAAAACAUUCUGCAUAAAACAAGACCAGAUGGGGAGGAAUCGGAUGUUUCUCUGUCCCCAAUCAACAGAAGUGACAAUGUGACUCCCUCAGAUGUUAUGUUAAAAACACCUUGUCAGAGUGAAAAUGUGGAAGCCAUUGAAAGGGAAUGUGUGAUUGCUAAUUAUCAAGUGGACAGAAGAAAUCAACAGAGUAAUGUAUCACAGGCAUCAUCCAUCCACAGUAACCAAGGAUCAAGGGGCAGCAUGACCUCUCCAGUUAGUCGUGGAGGGAGUCAAAGGUCAUCUCAGGAAAAUAUACGACAGCCUCUGAAUGCUUCUGUCAACUCGUCUGAGUACAGAGAGAGAUCCAGACAUAGCAGUGCUAACAGUAAUAAGGAAUCCAGGGAGAACCGGAUUAGAUCCCCGCAUGGCAGUGGCAGUGCCAAUGGAGACUUAACUGGGCAUCAUAUUCCAGACGGUACAGACUACAGCCUUAAAGCGGAUUAUCCACAUCAAAUAAACAUGGGAUUAUCGAGGGAAGAUUUGGUUGGCACAGAGGAUAUUCAGACGGCAGAUUCAAGGGGCUUUAAUUUCAUCGCUAAGGAUGUGGAACAUGCCAUCGACUCAAAAUACCAAAGGGACAGUGAGCACAGGGGCAUGGAAAGAAAUCAAAGUGACUUUCGUUGUCGGAGUGAUCAUGACAUUGAUUACAGUGGGAGACAGCAGAGUGUUGAUGAAAGUGAGAGAAAUAGAAAUUUUGCUGUUAGUAAGAAGUAUGAAGUACUAGACGAAGGUGAGUAUUCCCAAAGUGCACACAACAAGGAAAAUAUAUCUAAUGUUCAGAAGACUCUGGAAGACAGGGCCUUGAUGCCUCCUCCACCCGUACCAAGUUUUCACCAUAAUCUUGUUCCACACCACAAAGCAUCAGAUCCACCCAUGUUACUUACGAAACAGUCACUGUUAAAGAGUAGCUUUGCUCAACACUAUCUUCCUCCUCCUGCCACAAGAAAGAUUUUAUCCUCAAAGCAGUUUUCUCAGUCCCAUGGUGACAUUUUCACAUUGAAACAAGAUCAUCUACCUAUUGAAGACAAUGCUGUGAGUAAAACAUUGUCUCAGUCACAAAGUAACAUUGAAGACGUCAGUCUGGCUGAUCUUAGUCAGCACAGCCUGAUCACACCAGACCAGUCACGACAUCGAAGGAUCUUGUCGGAACCAAUGACUGAUGGGAAGAGACUGGCGGAUGAUGCUAGUAUGUUCAGACAACCACCAGCAUUUCACAGCACACCGUUCCAGAGGGAUGCUACCAAUAUGUCGGAGACCCAGUUUUACGAGCUGAAUCACUCUGUGAUGUCUGUAAUGGAUGGAGAAACGUCCACUCUGGAUCCAGAUUUCAAAUCAGCCAAACCCUCCAUGCCAGAAUACACAGGUGUGGCUGCCAUUAAGGCCCCAGAGAUCCUCUCCUUCAGAGAUGUGUGUUGUGUGGGUAUCUCUGUGAAGACCACCCUCCCCCUGACCAAUCCCACCCAUCGCUGGCUGGAGUGUAUUCUCCAGAUCAGACAGCUGUAUGUAGAUGGACAGACGGUAGGCAACAGCACGACUGUGCCAUUUGAGAUGAAGCAAAAGGUCAUCGUGGAACCUAACACAGUGGAAAAGAUUGAGGUGAUAUUUAUUCCUAAGCUGGCUGGGGCCUAUGUAGCAGAACUUUUGAUCCACUCCCACAGAUUUACUCAGGAUCGAGCAUCUGGAUCUACAUCCUAUCCCACUGUAGUCACAAUACAAGCCAUAGCAGAAAAACCCAAGAUUGAGGUCCACGGCUUUGGUCUCGAAAAUCGAAUGCUGAACUUUGGACAAGUGACGUGGGGAAGCUGUAAAUCCCUGACCCUGGGAAUUGUUAACUACGGACAGGCAUCUCUCCCUCUCAGACUGUCCAUCUCGUGUACUAAGAACCUGGGCGUUAACAACAUCCCCUGGCAUUGCUUUAGCUUUGACCGUAACGGACAGAACUCUACACUGGGAGACAUAUCUGUCAUAUCCCGCAGCAGUCGUCCACAGUCACCAGCGUUAGGAAAGACAGUGGUCACACUGUGUAUACCUGGCCGGUCAGGAAAGGAUUCUGGGAUCAGUGAACAAGAGGUCAGGGUGUGGUGUCGACCGCCAGACAAAAGGAUAGACAGAGCACUGGCUCAGAAUCCUCCAGAUGAGAUGACAGCCCGGAUUGAUAUAGAUGUAGACACGCCCACAGCUAAUAUCCCACCCCUCCGAACAAUAGACCUGCAGGCCAUAGUGGGAGUGGCAAGACUACACAUCCCCAAAUACCUGGAAAUGGUCAAGCUGGAGUCAACAGUCAGACAGGCUGCUAGAGACUCCAUUGCACUAAAGAAUUAUGGAAAUAUAGAGCUGAAAGUUUCAUUAAGUAUUCCAGACUAUGAUGAUGUCUUCAGAGUCCGUCCUAAACAAAUUAUUAUCCCCCCAGGACAGGAGAGUGAAGUGGUGGUCGAAUUCUUUCCUUUAGAAUCGGGGAAAAAGUCGCUGGAAAGUGUUCUGCUGAUGAAUGUGGAGCCAGAUGGACCCCUAUACGAGCUUCCUGUACUUGGCAGUGUGGUGACAGAAAGUAUGAAGAGACAGUCCACUAACAUAGUACUUAGUGAUAGAUGUUUCAUCUACUUCGGUGGUGUGGGUGUUGGAAAAUCGCUGGAAAAGAAGUUCAGGUUAAAAAACCAAGCACAAUAUCCCCUGAAAUUGAAAUUGGAAGUACGAGAUAAAUCACAUGUUUUCAAGUUGCGCACAUCAGCUAUCCAGUCCAACAGUUUAACAGAGAUCAGAGAUGUCAUUGUCCAGCCACUGGAGACUUUUCCUAUUUAUGUGAUGUACUCCCCACUCUCCACAGCACUGAGCUCGGGGAAAAUCAUCAUCAAACCGUACGACACAGCGGACAAGUUCUCAAUACCCGUGUCUGGUUAUGGGGGAGUCGGUAAGCUGGUUGUGGAAGGUGCCAGUAUUGCGGACAUGAACCGGUAUUGUCUGGAUAUGGGUGAUAUUUCUCUGGGGCAGGAAACAGGAGAGAAGAUCAUUGUUAGGAAUGUUGGGUCACGACCUGUCUUUGUUAAACUCAUGGCCUACACAGGAUCGCAUUGCAGAAAAGAUAAUGUGUCCAGUAGAGUGUUGGUAGAACCAAGUGAAUUUAUUCUGGAACAAGAGGGAACAAAAUCUGUGAUUAUUGUGUUGAACCCUUCUGACCGAGAGACAUCACUGUGUACCAACAGCAGGCAGAUCAUAUCAACAGUAGUGGCCUUUUAUGGUGAUGAAAUUUCCAGGCAGAGAUUCCGAGGGGUCAUGAGUUCUACUACAAAGCCAUACAAACCGAGCUCUUCUGUAGAUCCUCUCAUCCUGUCACUCAAUCUUAACCACAACAUACCUGAUGAAAACUUGGUGCCAGAAUUCACAGUUCCUUCAGAGGUGACUACGAACUCGAUGAUUGAUACUUUUUAUACCACCAUGUCCAGACUAUAUAUAGCCCUUGUGGGUUCUCCUUCGGAAUUCUCCCUAACCAAAACUCCCCAGAUACACCACUCUGGAAAGUCACCCAUUAACACAGAGAAAAACUGGAGAACCAGUGCUAGUCUUACAGGAAUUCCCUCGAAAGAUCCAAACAGGUGCAUAUCCCCCCGAAGUAGCACCACUCCCCUACAGAACUCCCCACUGUUUGUGCCGGAGGAGGAGGACAAGGAUUGGACAGUCAAACCGACUCAGCUCAUUUUCCGUGUUUCUAGUAAACAAGACGAGAAACUACCAAUCCUGAAGUUUCAGAUCAGUAAUUUCCAAAGUAGGACACUGUCGUACGACUUGAGCUGGCCUGGUCAGAAAUUGAAAUUGACACCAGAGGGCGGAGUGGUUGGACCAAAGGACAAAGUGACAGUGUGCAUCAGCCCGAGUCCUACAGUGUACAAGUUAAUUAAUGAACUCCCAUGGAGUGGGUGUGUCCAUGUCACAUGUGGCCAGAAAACCAAGAAGGUACAGGUGCAGAUCAGGACAGAUAUUGAGGACAGCCAACCAGCCCUGCCACAGACUCUGGUCCCUGUAUUCAGACACAGUGUUGGCCCAACAAUCAGUCUGCCUUAUGAGACCAGUGUGGGGAGCAUGAUGCAGGCAUCGGCUCACAAAAUUGAAUUCCCGGUUACUAAUGUUGGAGAGCAGUCUGAGACUACGUUUGAGCUGACUAACACCUCUGACAAGCCCAUGCAGUGGAUUGUGUCUUCAUUCGCUCCACCCUAUGUUAAGGGUGCAGACAGUACUAAGGAUGUUUUCCGGGUCAUGUAUAAAGUUUUUGACUUCACCAUCAAGUCAGGGAGUUUGCCACCAGGAAAGAGUACACAGGUAAAUGUGGAAUUUAUGCCAAGAUCUAAAGGGACUUUUACACAACACUGGGAUGUACAGGGCACGAAGGAUAGACCCGUCCGCCUCCAGCUCACAGGGGAGAGUGUUUCCACUGAUGACCUGCCUGGAAGUCAACCGUCCACUUACAGAGAGGACACAACCGAGAGUUUCCAGGAAUCAGCUCACAAAACACACAAAAAGAGUAAGGAAGAUCGGCUUGUGAUUCUGAAGAAUAAGGAUCUGAGAUUUUUGCCAUGUUCAGUGGGGCAGUCACAAAUAGCCAAGCUACAGAUUGCCAACAACUGUUCAUCACCUCAACCAAUUGAGGUGAUUCCGCCACAGCCACCAUUUUAUGUGAAGCACAUGAGAUUUGAAGUCAAGAGUAAAAAGUAUCUGAUGCUCCCUGUGGAAUUCCGACCGUCUGAGCCAAGCAACUACGAGGGUCUGAUCGUCCUAAAGACAGGAAUGGGAUACACGUUAAGCGGCAAGCUGCAUGGCUUUUGUACAUCAUAACCAGCAUGUGAGGGAAUUACAGUUAAACUGUGACAAUAUGACAUUUACAUGUAGCUCACAUAGACAUUUUGGCUUUGUUUUAAGAUAUUCAAUGUGAUUUUCUCAAAGGGACUUAUGUCUCGGGUUUUCAGCAUAUUAAAGUAUUAUUGAUUGCAUUUACUAGUACUAUAUGUACAGAGCUUUAAGAUUUGCAUGUAUAAAGACUAUAUGUAAUCGAAUCAUGGUCAUUUGCUUUUGUGAAUUGUCAAUUUUUAUGAAUUAUACUCAGUACACUGUACAUAAGCUCUAUAUAUAGAUAUAAUCAAAGAUUUGGUAAAAAUUCUGUUCUGUUACUGAAUUGUGAACUGUUUUCAUUACAUUGUGUUUGGUUGGCUUGGCAGCUUCCAGCGUAAUCUGAAUAUUAGUUUCUAGUUUCAAGCUUUUGUCCAGUCUCCUACAUACUUAUAGAUUAGGUAGGUGCUGGAUAAAAACCUUGGACUCUGCAUUUAAUAAAUGAAAUGGGUACACAUUCUAUCUGUUCAGGUUUUUAGCCUUUGAAUGUUCUUUGUGUUUACAAGGCCCAUUAAUAUUUUGUACAAUGUAAAUUCUCAAUAGGUAAUAUUUAUAAAUAUAUGAUUCGUAAAUUUUGGUGAUUGUGUGUCCAUAACAAAAUUAAUUUUAAACACUGGUUUUUCAUUGGUGCACAUAUAGUGUAGACAAGAAACCGUGGCAGUGAUUGGAUCUGUGAUAGAAAUGGUACUUCAGUAAGCACUUCUGUUUCUUUGUUGAAAAUGUUUAGUCUUUGGAAAGAGAGAGGGAGAGAAAGAGGGAGAGAAAGAUAAAUUAUACUUUUCUAAAAUUGUCUCAAUCCUUGUCUUUCUGUAGAUGGUUUUUUUUUCUUUCAAAGUACCCCAGUAAUGAAGAAACCUACAUGUGUUCACUAUAAGACAUACCUCAGUUCAUGGUACUUAAUAUUUUAUAUGGUAGAGCAAACAAAUUUGUGUAUUUCACUGGAAAAUAUUAAAUUCAGAAAAAUGGGAAGUUAGAUGUUAAAAUUAAAUGAAUUCUUUUAGUAAAUUCUCAAAAGAGUAAUAUUGAAUAACAUAAAACUUUAUUCGCUUUCACUGUUGAUCUCCGAUUUCUAAAUGUUGAUGGUGGAAAACUGGCAUGUACAUGUAUUUAUAUAGACUGAUAAUUUAUUUCACCUUGUAGAAAUGUUUGUUACAUAUUAUAAACAAUGCUUGUACAUGUAUAUUAAGGUUGAAAAAUAAAUAGAUUAAAAGUG